AUGAUUGUACAAGAACCAGUUCAGGCCGCAAUAUGGCACUGUCUGAAUCAUUACGACUACCAGGAUGCCAUUUUUCUAGCCGAAAGACUAUGUGCCGAAGUGGAAUCCGAAGAAAGCGUUUUCCUGCUGGCCACAUGCUACUACCGUGCUGGUCAAAAGCACCAAGCCCACUGGCUGCUUUCGACGAAAAGUGUCCGCUCGACGCAGUGUCGGUUUUUGCUCUCCAAAUGUGCUUUUGACUUGAAGAAGUACUCAGAGGCCGAACACUCGUUAACCAACGAUGAUCAUUUGCGGCCACGCCAUCUGGAUGAAAUUGUCAAGGAGUUUGGCGAUAUUGCCUGCUUUGCGCUGCAACUGGUUUCCAAAAUCUGCCACAAGACUGAACGAGGUGGGCUUGCGAACGACGCCAGCCGGAAGGCCGUAAAGCUGAAUCCUUUCCUGUGGCACCCGUUUGCGGACCUGUGCCAUCGUGGCGAAAAGCCGGAUCCGGAUAGUAUAUUUCAGCUAACGAGCACCGAUAUCUUCCAAACGAGCCAGGCCCAACAGUUCAACUCCGUCGUGCUGUUUGGCGGGCCGAACAAUGGUGGCAUUCACUUGCCGGAUGCAGCGGCCGAUGGUUGCAGCUUGAUUGGUGGCUCGGCUGAUCAGCCAACUACGCCAAUCGAUCAGUGUCUCGGGCAGAAUUUCAUCAACACACCCAUCAAUCAGCACCCGCCGCAGCAGGGAGCACCGGUGUUGCAAGGGCACACCGCACCUUCGGCGGCAGCGAUGCGAGUCGGUGGGGGCAACUUGAGUGCCGAUGAGCAGCUCCACACCCCGACCUACCCAUUCUCAGAUCUUGGCACACCAUUCCGGAAGCAGUUGAAAUAUUUGUCCACUAUGAGCCCCUCGUCGCCGAGCUUCGGAGUGUUGCCGAUUGUGAACACUCCGACGGAGCCCGUGGCUUUCCUAUUGACGCCGUCACCGCAGCUGGUGGCAAGUUGUACGCCCACCGGACAGCAACAGGUCGCCCUGCUGGCGGACCACGGUGGUCUGGUGGAUCCGCAGUCGGUGGCAAUCCAAAGCAAUCCAAAAAUGGCACUCUCGAGUAGCAACAAAAAGCUGCGCGGCGGCCACCACACCAGCAAUCUCGGUUCGAUGGGCAACAUCCUGAACCGAAAGCACGAGGCGUCACCGCACCACCAUCACCACCACCAUCACCAGCAGCAACCGGCGGCGAUUCAGCUGCUGCAGCAGCAAAGUACAAACACGAAGCCGAUCGUUUUCAGUCAAACCGGCAACCAGAUGACGACGACUCCGCGGACACCGAACACUACCACGGCCGGCGCGCUGCUGCAGGGACAGAACGUGCGCCGCAGUUCGCGGCUCUUCAGCAACAGCAACUACUCGGUAAAGGAGAACGCAAAGAGUCCUCAGUUGAACAACAAGUUCGUAGCGCCCCGGUCACCGCCCCGCCGAACCAAGCAGCGCAUUUCAAAGACAAUCAACAACGCAGCGACGACGCUGCUGGAAAACAUCCCCGAGAAAAAGACAGCCGGCAGUGGCCACGAGGCGUCGAGGGAGAAGAUCGAAACCAUUACCUCAACCGUGGGCGAAGGCGUGCCGUCGCUGAACGAGAAGGUGCUGCUGAACAACAGUAUCAACAGUGCGCAACGGUUGGCCCAGCAGGUGUUGCAGUUGAAGAAGCAAAGUGCCGACGGUCUGAUGGCGUUGCUAAGGGAGCUGGGCCAUGGCUAUCGGCGGUUGCUAAGCUACGAGUGUGAGAAAGCGGUCGAGACGUUCUCGAACGUCGCGCUGCACCACUACGAGAGCAGCUGGGUGAAGAGCAUGAUCGCGCUGGCCCACCACGAGCUGCGGGAUUACGAGACGGCGGUGCAAUUUUUCCACGACGUGCACGAACGGGAACCGCACCGGUUACAGUACAUGGAGAUUUACAGUACCGACCUGUGGCACCUACAGAAGGACGUCGUAUUGUCCGCCUUGGCGCGGGAUCUGAUGGCGCAAGACAAAACAUCGCCCAUUACGUGGUGUGUGGCCGGCAAUUGCUUUUCCGCGCACAAGGAACACGAAACGGCCAUCAAGUUCCUGUUCCGGGCGAUCCAGGUGGACGAGGAGUUUGCGUACAGCUACGCGCUACUCGGGCACGACCUCGUGAUGACCGAGGAGCUCGAGAAGGCGCUCUCGAUGUACCGGCUGGCUGUCCUGCACGAUCCGCGAAACUACAACGCUUGGUUCGGUAUCGGCAAUGUAUACUGCAAACAGGAGCGCCACGAACUGGCCGAGUUGCACUAUCGCAAAGCCUUACAGAUCAAUCCGCGGAACUCCGUCAUCAUGGUGCACAUCGCCGUGAUGCAGUUCUACCUGCGCAAAGCGCACCAGGCAAUCCACACGCUGAACGCGGCCAUUGCGCUCGAUCCGAAGAAUCCACAGUGUAAAUAUCACCGCGGGUCGAUGUUUUUCACGCUCGGCCGCUACCAGGAAGCGCUGAAGGAGCUGGAGGAGCUCAAGCAGAUAGUGCCGAAGGAGGCCAUGGUGUACUAUCUGAUGGGCAAGAUCUACAAAAAGCUGGGCAACGUGGACCUGGCCCUGAUGCAUCUCAGCUGGGCCACGGAUCUGGGCUCGAAGGGUGCCAACAAUCAGAUUAAGGACAACUUUGAUUCCAUCAUUCGCACCCAGGACGGUGACGGCAGCGUAGUGGAGGGCGGUGCGGAUGCUGCCGAUACCAGUAGCGGAGCGGAGGACAUCAUAGGAGGCAGUGGUGGUGGUGGUGGUGCCGGCGGCGGUGGCAGUGGCGGAGGCGGAAGCGGCAGCGGAGUCGAUGGUAGCACAACCGACGGUGCUGGCGGCACCGGUGCCGAUGAGCUAAUCGAUGAAGCGGCCAUCGCCGAAGCUCACGACGCUGAGGCGGGCAGCAGUAGCAUCGAUCCGGACUAUUCGCUCGGCGUGGAGCAAGUGUCUAGCGAUGACUCGGGCACCGUCGCUGGAAUGCGCAUCGAGUCGCUCGAUGUAAUAGCAAACAAUUUCUACGACAGUGACAGCUACUGAACCGUCGCAGCUACUGAAAGCUGUCUUUCCAACAAGUCACGGACCCGAAAAAACUGCCACCUGCAAAACAGCAAACAAACGUUAAACCGUGUAAAACGGAAACCGGCGCGUGUGUGAUCAUAUGUAGAAAAUCUAAAAAUUGGUAUUCUAAUUAUGUUUUAUGAGCGAGCGCGAGUCAGUGUCGAAGAGUUGAAAGUUACUCAAUUUCCUCAUCCAUUAUGCUAAGGCCACCGCGGUCUCGUUCUUUCUACCUUCCUACCAAACCUUCUCUCAUCUCAUAGUGGUCUGCUUACGAAUAAUAUUGAUAGUUCCCGAGCGGUGGAUUCCAAAUUUGUUCAUUUAAUUUUUUUUUCAUUUGUUGUCCAAUUUGUAAGCCUUAAGUGUAGUAGUUCGUUUCCAAUUCAUUUCCACCG